AUUUAAAUACCCAGACUACCCUUUUCUCUUCACUUUCUUGAUGCUCUCGUUCAUGGGUGGAGGAGUGAUGAGUGCGGAGGCCAAGUUCACUGCCACCGGGAUCAGAGGCGUCGUGCCUCCUGUCCAGUCAUCUGUUCAGAGUGCUUCUGAAGCGUCGCCGGCAGACGGCGGGGAAGACAGUACGGCGAAGGUGGUGUCAGGCAGUGCCACAACUGAACUAAAACAUGCUCAACAUAAGAUUUACGUAUCUUCAAACUCCACAGAAUACCAAGGUUGUGCUCUUCCUAAUAAAAUAUCUGUUCUGUCACCUUCUCAUUCUGGUUUGAAGAACAAAGAUAGUGUUACUGAGGCUAUCUCAAACACCUCAGCGCCAAACCCAGCUUUUCAGGCUUUUCAAUUGUUUAGUGAAAGCUCAGAAGCUAAGAGUGUUGUGGCUUCGAUUGCCUCUGACCCAAAUAUAUGGAAUGCAAGGGUGCAAAAUCCUAAACUACAAGAUUUCUUCCAUGCACAGCAGACAGUAGGUUUUGAAGAAGAGAGAACUUUUGAUGAAAAAGUGGAAGACUUACCUUAUUCUUAUUCAGUGUAUUCUCUUGUCAAUUUGCUAAAUAUUCUCCGCAAUGUAAAGUUAACCGUAGUUGAAAUGAUUGCAGCGUGUGAAUUUACCUUCAGAAUAAGUUUGAGUUCUUAAUUGGUCACUCAUCUUAUGUGGUUAUUGAUUGGUGAGGAAAUGCAAAAGCGAACUUAUGUUGAGAAACAAGUCUCUCUGGAUAA